AUGCGUGGUGACUUUUUUAAUACCACUCUUCUUCUUAUUAUUAUUCUGCGUGCGGAGACGACGAGGAGAGAGCGUUUUCAAACUUCGUCGGGUUUCGGAUCCAUCUUUUGUUCGUUUCUUCUUCCCCGAGAACAAAGUUUUACUGACACAAUAUAUCCUUUCUCUUUCUUUCGCGACGACGAUGAAAACGAUGAAAAUAUACAGGUCUUGGAGCACCACCAAGUGGAUGCGAACAGAGGUUUGUCCGAAAAGACGAACGCCAUCGAUAAACUUCGCCUGCGAUUCGGGGCGAACGAAAUGCCCGAGGAGAAAGGGCAAAAUUUCAUAAAGUUAAUUUUGAAACAGUUCGACGAUUUACUGGUGAAGAUAUUAAUCGUCGCCGCGAUUGUGAGUUUUAUAUUAGCCGCGGUGGAUGGGGACGGGGAGUUGGCGUUCGUCGAGCCGACGGUGAUUGUUUUGAUUUUAAUCGCCAACGCGACCGUCGGGGUGGUCACAGAGACGAACGCGGAGAAGGCGAUUGAGGAAUUGAAGGCGUACCAGGCGGAUUUAGCGACGGUUUUGAGAGACGGAAGAUUAAGAGUGGUGAAAGCGAGCGAGCUAGUGCCGGGAGAUAUCGUUGAAGUCGCGGUUGGAGCGAAAGUGCCGGCGGAUUGCAGGAUUAUUGGGAUUUUGAGUUCGACGCUGAGAGUGGAUCAGGCAAUUUUGACUGGCGAGAGCGGAAGCGUGGAGAAGGAGGCGGGGCACAUAGACGAUAGCGAACGGGCGAGGAGAGCGGUGGUUCAAGAUAAAACGUGCUUGUUGUUUAGUGGGACGGUCGUGAGCGUUGGGAGAGCGAGAGCGGUUGUCGUCGGAACCGGGUUGAACACGGCGAUUGGGAAGAUUCGAGACGCGAUGAAAAAUCACGGAGGCGCAGACGACGAGGAAGAGUUGACGCCUUUGAAGAAAAAGUUGGACGAGUUUGGUAGAUUAUUGAGUAAAGUGAUCGCAGUGGUGUGUAUUUUGGUCUGGGUGGUGAACAUCGGACAUUUCGGCGACCCUUUAUACGGCGGUUGGUUUCGAGGGAUGGUGUAUUAUUUGAAAAUCGCGGUGGCGUUGGCGGUGGCGGCUAUUCCGGAAGGAUUACCGGCCGUAGUGACGACGUGCUUGGCGUUAGGGACGAGAAAGAUGGCAAAAAGACACGCGAUUGUGAGAUCACUUCCGUCGGUGGAGACUUUAGGGUGCACGACGGUGGUGUGUUCGGACAAGACGGGGACUUUGACGACGAACGCGAUGUGCGUGCAAAAGAUGUGCGUGGUAGAUCGCACGAAGCAAAGGAGCAGUAGCACUGGUAGAAAGGGUGGUAAUGGCGCGAGUGGAAGUAGUCACGCGCCUUUAUUGAGAGAGUUUGACGUAGAAGGUAACUCGUAUGCGCCGAACGGAUUGAUUCUGGAAGCGUCCAACGGCGUAAUCUCACCGAGACAACAACGCUUCAACUCCAUCGACAGAGACGUGGUGAAGCACCCGGCAGAUUUACCGUCGGUGUUGCACUUAUCCAUAUGCGCUUCCUUAUGUAACGACUCGACGUUGACGUUUGAUUUGAACAAGAGAGAGUACGCGAAAAUUGGCGAAUCGACCGAAGUCGCUUUGCGAGUUCUUUCCGAAAAGGUUGGUCUCCCCGGUUUCGACGCCAUGCCGACGGCGUUGACAAAACUUUCUGAGCAAGAGCGCGCGUCGUAUUGCGCUGCGUACUGGGCCGGGCAAUUUAAACGUGUCGCGCAAAUGGAUUUCACUCGAGAUCGAAAAAUGAUGAGUACCUUGUGUUCUCGAAAAGGGACGAACAUUUUGUUUUCCAAAGGCGCUCCCGAGGCGGUGUUGGAAAAAUGCUCCAACGCUCUCACAAACGGCAAAGGCGCGGCGGAACCGAUGAACGAUCAAGUUCGCAAAGACUUAAACGACGUUCUCUCGAAAUACGCGAAAACUAGUUUGCGCGUUUUAGCAUUAGCCAUGCGUCCAAUGCCGGCGAAACAAACGCAAAUCACCGCGGAAGAUGAGAACGAUUUGACUUUUCUCGGUUUCGUCGGCAUCGCGGACCCGCCGAGAGCAGAAGUCGCCCGUGCGAUUGCCACGUGCAGAGGCGCGGGCAUUCGAGUUGUCAUGGUCACUGGAGAUAACAAAACGACCGCGGAGUCUAUAGGCUCGCAAAUUGGUCUCAUUGAAGCGAAUGCGUUUGGCGAACCAAUCGUUCCAGACGGCGCGAGUUUACAAGGCGUGGACUUUGACGAGUUGAAAUCCGAUCGCGAAAAAUCGGAAGCUGCGACGCGUUUGACUAUUUUCAGUCGCGUCGAACCCGCGCACAAGGCAAAGUUAGUGGAGCUGUUAAAGAUGCAAAAGCACGUCGUCGCUAUGACUGGCGAUGGCGUCAACGACGCCCCGGCUUUGAAAAGAGCCGACAUCGGCAUCUCCAUGGGUUCCGGCACGGCGGUGGCGAAACACGCGAGCGAUAUGGUUCUCGCCGACGAUAACUUUGCCUCCAUCGUUUCUGCCGUCGCUGAAGGUCGCGCUAUUUACGACAACACCAAAGCAUUCAUUCGAUACAUGGUUUCCUCGAACAUUGGCGAAGUCGUGUGCAUCUUCAUCGCCGCGGCGUUGGGCAUGCCGGAGACUUUGUGCCCCGUGCAACUCCUGUGGGUAAACUUAGUCACCGACGGUUUACCCGCCACCGCGCUCGGGUUCAACAAGCCUGAUCGAGACAUCAUGCGACAACGCCCGCGAUCACCCACGGAACCUAUCGUUGACUCGUGGCUCUUCAUUCGAUACUUGAUUGUCGGCGUGUACGUCGGCAUCGUCACCGUCGUCGCCUUUGCCUGGUGGUUCAUGUACUUUGAAAACGGUCCUCUCCUCUCCUGGAACGAUUUGACCUCGUUCGAGCAGUGCGUCGAAGGUGCCCACGAUUACUCGUGUCAAAUAUUCAAAGACCGCCGUCCGUCUACCAUGUCCAUGACUGUCCUCGUCACCGUGGAAAUGUUCAACGCCUUGAACGCUUUAUCGGAAAAUUCGAGUUUAUUGAAACACCCGCCGUGGUCCAACAAAUGGCUCUUAGGCGCCAUCUUCAUCUCCAUGGCUUUACACGUGAUGAUCUUAUACGUCCCAUGGAUGAACAUCACCUUCAGCGUGAGCUAUCUCUCCUGGAAAGAGUGGAAAGCGGUCUUAUGGCUCUCCUUCCCGGUCAUCGUCUGCGAGGAAAUUUUGAAAGCGUUUACGAGAAAGUUCAAAAAGCGCAUGCGCUUCUGGAGCGUUUCGCGCGGCGGCAAAAGUCUUCUUCCCUCGAGACGCAGUCAUAGUAACAGCGGUGCUGGUGGAAUAAAUAAUAGUCUUAGCGGGGAUAGCCCGAAAUUCCACAAUCAGCUUUCGCCGCACACCAUGUAG